GGAUUUUAGCAACCUAGUGGCGAUAAUCUCUAACCGUUUAUUAGCCUCAUAAACUAAUCUACAUGAUUUACUUACGUGGCACUAAGUGCUCACUUGAAACACUCACCAGAAUACACGUGGCUCACUGUAACAGCCAGAAAAGAAGUACCAAGCUUAUAUAAAAGCCAACAUCUCCUCCACUCUCUCAUAUCUUCCAAAUGAAUCUAAAUUUUGUCAUUUCGUUUUACUUUCAAUAAAAAACUUACUUUUGGUUAUGUAUGAUUCGUUUGUUUAUUUAAUCAAAAACGUUACACUUUCUCUUAUUUCUUUAUUAUAUAUGAAAUGAGCUCAACGUUUAACGACUACCAUCACCAUCCAAAGAGAGAACCAAAUGAAAACAACUCCGGAAUCUUAUACACUCCCUCACCGUCACCGUCACCGUCACCGCCGACGUUAAAAGUCAACAAAGACUCUCACGUUAUUAAAAAACCUCCGUCUCCGUCGUCUUCCUCCUCCGCGGCGAAGCCUCGUCACCCGGUGAUCAUUUACACACACACUCCCAGAAUCAUACACACUAAUCCUAAAGAUUUCAUGGCUCUUGUUCAAAAACUCACCGGAAUGUCCCGCUCCGACGAAGAUCCCGGCGGUAACGCAACGACAGAUCCCGGGGGAAAAUCAAUCAACCGGACUGUCUCUGAUCUAACCGUCGACAGAAAAAAUAAUCGGAAUCGUUGCGGCGGAGGUGGUGGCAAUAAUAACUACAACAGAAGCUUCUCCGGUACCGGAGCCGGAACCGGAAACGGAAAGGGGAUAUUUUUUAAUAACACGAUGAUAAGUGAAGAUAGUGAAUCGUCGUCAGUGAUAACAACUGAUGAGAACAUCGGAGAACAUGGACAGGUUAAUUCUUCUCUUCCGUAUUCGGCGGUGGCUAUUCCUCCACAGCCACCGCCUCAUCCUCCUCCGCCACCGUCAAUGUACGACGCGGCGGGGAUAAACUACGGUGCUUAUUUACCGAUUUUCCCGCCGGCGAAUCCAACUGAUAAUUUCUUAUGCGGUAAUCAGCCGUUUGCGAAUUUUGAUGAUCCGCUUUUCUUCGCGCCUAAUAUGAGAAGCUCUUUCUCUUCUUCUUCAUCUUCUGGCUUCGAUGGCUUGACGGAGUUUCGCGAUUUUUAAGUAAUCCGGCGUUUAAAAUAAAUUUUGAUUUUUUCUCAUUGGAGGAGGUCUUGAAAAGGACUAAUAAAUUUUGAAAUUAGUUAUAGUUAUUUUUCCUUAGUUAAAUCCGGUUUUCUUUUUCUUUUUUUUUUUGUCAACCCGGUUUUCUUUAUUAUACUCAAAACAAUUUUUCUGUGAUCAUUUUCUUAGUUCACAAAUUCAUUUUUAUUUUUUUCCCGUUGGGCAUCAAAUAUAGAACUCUUCAUUUUGUUCAAUUCGCAGUUUCUUAUU